GAGUCCAUUGCUUCCUGCUGGUGAUGGAUUUCCUGAAGGAUCUUAACCAACCAAAGGUGUACGAGCUCAAGAAAGCGUUUUGCCUGUUUGAUCUCGACGGUGAUGGAGUUAUUAGUGAGCAGGAUCUAAAAAACACCUUCCUGACGCUCGGUGUGGACAAAUCUGAGUACGACAUCGAUAAAAUGUUCGAGGGGGUAGUGCAGCCGCUCAACUUGGACGUAUUUUUGCUUCUGAUGCUGCAGCGUGCCAACGGGCUAGCACCGCAAGACGUUAUGGUCGGUGCAUUCCGAAUGUGGGACAAGGCCAACGCAGGCUUCAUCGACAAGGAACGUUUCGUUCACGACAUAACUACUUACGGUGAUCGAUUCACGCUGGCUGAGGCGAACGAAGCAGUGGCCGACGCUGUCAUCACACGCGGACCACAGCUCAACGACGAGGGACAACUUCUCGAGAAGCUGGACUAUAUGGAUUUCGCAGAAAACAUAUCCGGAUUCCAGAAGACGGAUCAUAAGUAGCUCGCCCCAUGCAUAGUGUAGUUAUGCGAAAAGUAUGCCACUGGACGAAUCUGAAAUGCAACUAACACAAAGGAAUGCCAUGCUUCCACACAAAACAUAGGAGAAAGGGAGAAAGGGGAAAAUGCUUUAAAAUCAAGCAAACAUACAACAGCGCAUGGGUUAGACGAUGUCAACUAACAGCAAAGAUGUACUGUAAAGGGCCAAGCAUAAUCGCCAUAAUGCAUUAAACCAUGUACUCUGGGACAUUUAAUUAAA